UUUUAGUAACAUGCUUUGGAACACCUUAUUUCCUGCUUUUUUUCCUCUGUCAAACCACAUAAUGUAUUUUUAGCAACGAAACAACAUAGUACCAGAUAGUUUUGAGAGAAGACAGCUUUUGUUCAAUAUAAACUGGUAACCAAGCAGUAUGUUUUAUGAUGUGUCUUAAAUGAGCGAUGUUUUGGAGCAAUGGAAGAUGUCUGGGUUAGAGUUUUUUUCUAGCCAUUUUGAUGUGGCAAGGGGUGUGAAAGCAUAAAAGUUAAGGUGAAAGCGCAUAUGUGCAUCAGUUGUCUGGAGCAGAGGCCGAUGGACACAUGGGGAUUUCAAAGUACAAGGAUCAUUUUGGAAGACGACUAAUGAUGAGAUACUGCUUAAUUGUUUUGCUCUCCUCAAUAAUAGUCUGCUCCUCUGAUUUGGAUGUUGUUCAGGAGAAUAAUGUAAAAAUAGUUCGAGCUGGAGAGGAUGUGAACUUUACUUGCACAUUUUCAAAUGUUCUGCAAGUGACAAAAGCAUGGUUUAAACAGACGGCUGAUGGAAAAACCUUACAAAUUGUCUCUUUAUAUUUAUAUCAACCACCCAGUUGGAAUAAGGACUUUGAGAAAACAAAUCGUUUUUAUGUUAUUAAAGAAAAUGAUCAUUUCAAUCUGACCAUUUUAAAUGUAAAUCCUUCAGACACAGCAACGUACUUCUGUGUAGUCUCGGCAUAUAACAUCAUCAGAAUGGGUGCAGGAUCCAGAUUACUUGUCAGAGAUGCAGCCAUGGGUAGAAACACAACUCUUCAGCAGUCUUUGAUAGACCGGCUUCAUCCAGGGGAUUCUGUGAGUUUGCAGUGCAGCAUCUUCACUGAGAGUUGUGCAGAAGAACACAAUGUCUACUGGUUCAGACAAAGCUCAGGAGAAUCUCAGGGAGUGCUUUACACAAAAGGAGAGAGAAAUGGUCAGUGUGAGAACAGCACUGAGUCUCAAACACAGAGCUGUGUCUACAGUCUCUUCAAGAGAAAUGUCAGUCAAUCUGAUGCUGGAAUUUAUUACUGUGCUGUGGCCGCAUGUGGAGACAUACUGUUUGGAAAAGGAACCAAACUAAACGUUACAGAAAACGGUCAUGUGAAUCCAGCUCUUGCUGCUCUUGGAAUUUUAACCAUAAUUUUUUUGGCCCUUGUUGUUUUUCUGGGAAUAAAACUAUGCAUGGGUCAGAAUAAAGCACCCAAACCUCUGGAGAGACUAAAUGAAGACAUGCUGAAUUAUGCAGCUAUUAGUUUUAGUCAGAAACCUCUGAACACCAGAAGAGCCAAAGUAAAGAUCAGUCAGGACCAGUCUCUGUACGCACAGGUCAGAUCACACCAGUGACAUUCAGAGCAUUAGAGGAUUAUUUGACUUCUACACUGUAUAAAUGUUUUUUUCAUCCAACAUGUUGUCUUUUAAAAACAUAUUUGGUUGCAUACAUUUAACUUGUCAAAAACAAUUUUCAAUUCUACUUAUCUUCAAAGUAUAGUCAAGGAUUUUUUU